AUGCCGUUUCAUUCAGACACUAUCAGUUCCAAAUCGGGAUGAGGCUUUAGAGGAAGUGUUUAUGUGGUGCAUGGUUUUCUUGGGCUUGGGCUUGUUUAUUUUCGUCGGAGCCAUCAACCAGACUUACUUCUUUACACGGGCUGGCGCCAACUUGACGCAUCGGAUUCGCUCAACCACUUUUGAAGCGAUGCUUAAACAAGAAUGUGCUUGGUUUGACGAUCAUAAUAACUCGGUUGGAGCUUUGGGAAGUCGUUUAACUAGUGACGCAGCAAAUCUUCAAACGGCAAUAGGUUAUCCAUUCAGUUUGAUAUUGCAAGCCAUUUCAACAUUUGCCACCGGCAUCAUUGUAUCAUUCACUUCAUCGGUGAAACUGUCUUUAGUUUGCUUAGCAUCUGUCCCUAUAUUGUUAAUAGCGGUUUUCUUUGAAGCAAAGCAUUUGGCAAAAUCGGCAAUUAGUGAAAAAGAAGCGAUUGCAGCUGGUACAAAAAUUGCCUCAGAGUCUAUUAUGAAUAUUCGAACUGUAGCGAGUUUGCGUCAAGAAGAGCAAAUGAUAAAUCGUUUCAUGGGUGAAAUGGAACGAGUGGAGAAGCUUGCAUUCAAAAAGAUUUUCUUUCGCGGUUUAGUCAAUUCAUUUAGUCAAGCGGUGCCAUUUCUCGCAUAUGCUGUUGCGCUUUGUUAUGGUGGGCAUUUGGUUGCGUAUGGCGAAAUUCACUAUAAAAACAUUGUUCGAAUUAGUGAAGCUAUGCUGUAUGGCACCCUGUUUAUGUGUCAAACGUUAGUGUUUGCUCCCACCAUCACGACGGCAUUUAUCGGCGCACAUGGUGUUUUCAAAAUUCUUGACCGACAGCCACACAUAACAUCCAUAAAAAAGUCAAGUGCCUCUUCAGACUUGGAAAAAUCGAACGAUAUUGAUUUUAAAGAAAUUAGUUUCCGAUAUCCGAUGCGUCCAAAUAUCUCAGUAUUCGAAGAUUUCAAUCUAAAUGUAGCUGAAGGUAAGACCGUAGCUUUGGUUGGCCAUUCAGGAAGCGGCAAAUCAACAUGCAUCCAACUGCUGCAAAGGCUCUACGAACCUCAGAAUGGUCAAAUUUGCAUCGGAAAAAAUGACAUUGUCAAAGAAAUCACUUUAAAUGAUUUACGAUCAAGGCUCAGCAUUGUGUCACAAGAGCCGGUGUUAUUCAAUCGAACAAUUGCUGAGAACAUUGCCUACGGUGAUAAUACGAGAGAUGUAGACAUGCAGGAAGUCAUUGAGGCAGCAAAAGUGGCAAAUGUUCAUAAUUUUGUUAUUCAAUUACCACAGGGCUAUGAAACUAAUGUAGGCAGCAAAGCCACACAAUUGUCAGGUGGUCAAAAACAAAGGAUUGCUAUCGCUCGUGCCUUAAUACGGAACCCACAGAUUCUUUUGUUGGAUGAGGCCACAUCGGCAUUGGACUUGCACAGUGAACAAAUUGUUCAACAGGCGCUAGAUUUGGCCCGAUCAGGUCGCACGUGCAUUGUAAUCGCCCACCGGCUAAGUACAAUUCAAAAUGCCGACCUCAUUUGUGUGGUGCAAAAUGGAACAGUCGUGGAAUCCGGAACACAUCUAGAAUUGCUCACAUCAAACGGCGCCUAUACUCGACUUUAUAACGCACAAAAAUAAAUGCUCCUGCUCAGUAUUGCUGUUAUUUUUAAAUAAAACUAUUUAUCAGAAACAAGAAAAAAAA